AUGGCGUUGUUGGAUCAGUUUCCACUGCAUCAAAGCGUCUUCAGUGGCGAUAUUAAACAAGUCUCUAAACUCAUCAGAAUGUGCGAUAUCGCCCAAAAAGAUGUUCACGGUAACACUCCUCUCCAUAUUGCCGUUAUGAUGGGACACAAAGAAUGUAUUCACUUGCUCCUGGCUCAUGGUGCUCCAGUGAAGCUAAAGAAUGCCUUGGGCUGGACACCUCUAGCUGAGGCCAUUAGUUAUGGAGAUAGACAGACAAUCAUGCUGCUUCUUCGUAAACUCAAGCACCAGUCAAGAGAAACUUUAGAAGAGCGACGACCAUUCAUAGUGCAGGCGUUGAAGUACAUCAGAGACUUUGAUCUAGAACUGAAGUGGGAUUUUCAAAGCUGGGUGCCUUUAGUGUCGAGAAUAUUACCAUCUGAUAUAUGUCGUAUACGAAAGAGGGGAGUUCAGAUUAGGCUUGACACAACAUUAGUCAACUUCACUGAGAUGCACUGGGAGAGAGGUGAUCUUACUUUCCUGUAUAAUGGAGAUGCUGGGCCCUGCCAUAAUCUGACAGUGUUGGACAAUGGAGCUGAAGUGUAUCAGAGAGUCAGAUAUGAGGACUUUGAGCAGGAGUUGGAAGACGAAGUAGACAUUCUCAUGAGCAGCGACCUCAUCGCAGCCCAGCUGUCUACAAAAGAUAUCUCAUUCUCCAGGGCGAGAAGUGGCUGGCUCUUCAGGGAAGACAAAUCUGAGAUGGUUGGUGACUUUAGAUCUGAUUUCUACAGUGUUGAUAAUCUUGUUCUGGAGUCAAAGAAAAGACGUGAACAUUUAACUGCAGAAGAUAUUCAGAAGAAUAAAGCCAUUGUGGAGAGCAUCAGCAAGGGUGCCUGGGAUUGUACAGAAGAUUCAUCAGAUGAUUUUGGGAGACGCCAUUCCCUGCUGCCACCAGACAAGUCAUCCUGUAGUUGGGAUGAUUACAUUGCAGCUCCUGGUGGAUACGCUGCAUGUCUUGGGAGGCAGUGGGUAGCAAAGGAAAGCUUAAAGGAUUUCAAGGCAACUGUUGCUAUGAGUGACGAAUUUCCUGUCACCAUAGAUGUGCUUCUGAAUGUUCUUGAAGUCAUGGCUCCGUUUAAGCAGUUCCAGAAGUUAAGGGACUUCAUGUCCUCAAAGCUGCCACCUGGCUUUCCUGUUAGGAUAGAGAUCCCCGUGUUCCCAACAGUUUCAGCCAAAGUGACUUUCACCAGCUUUCAGUGGACAGAUGAUCUGGACAGCAGCUUGUUCUCUGUGCCGGCACAUUACAAGGAGGACCCCGGACGCUUCCCAGGGUUAUGA